ACUGAAAAAUUUUAAACAAAGUUGUAGUUUCAAACCAAGAAUGCACACGUUAUUUGAAAUCACACAUUGUGUACGGACGGUAUCGUGUUCUACAGAAAAUAGGUAUUCCAUACAACUACGUUAUGGCUGGCUGUUUGUGAAUACAGUUUACAGUUAAAGCAGCAUGAAGUUGUUAUUUCGUGCAGUAUAGUUUUAGCAUGUGCACGCAAUUAACUUUACUGUUGUACUGGUCAGGCUUCAGAACGAUAGGGGGAGGAGAGCUUUUGCUCCGAACAGCUGCUAAAACCAGGAAGAGAAAGCGCUGAAAGACUGGAUCAAAAACGUAUCACUGUUGUACAGAAGUUACAAAUAGACUUGGCUAGCAUCUUCAGCUUUUUCUCCCAUAAGUCUACCUUGCCCGUAGAGCUGGCCAUGCCUCUGUACCUGGCAAGUGAUGACUUCAUUUACAAAAGGAGGCCCAAGCACACUAAGCCCCUGAGGCCUUGCAUUCAAUGCUCUAGUGUGGAAGUGAAGCAUAAAGAGACCAGCACUAAAAGGGAGCGCAGAGCCAAGAAGCAAGUGUCCUUUGCAGACCACAAGGGGAUGGCGCUGACAAUGGUCAAGAUCUUUUCCGAGUUUGACGAUCCCAUUGAAAUCCCGUUCAACAUCCAGGAGUUGAUCGACAAGGUGGUGAACUUGUCGGUGGAGAGGGACAGCCUGGUGCUGGAUUUCGAGCAGCCCUCUGCGGACUACCUGGCCUUCAGGCAGCGGCUGGAGAACGACCAUGUUUGCUUGGAGAACUGCAUGCUGAAAGAGAAAACCCUGGUGGGCACAGUAAAAGUCAAGAAUCUGGCAUUUGAGAAGUCUGUCAAAUUGCGGGUCACCUUCAACACUUGGAAGAGCUUCAUAGACCACCAGUGCCAGUAUGUCAAUGACAUCUACACAGGCUCUGACAGGGACACUUUCUCCUUCGAGGUAGACCUGCCACACAACAUACCACCACAUGAACGCAUAGAAUUCGCUCUGUGCUACACAACCAAUGGGAAGGAUUUCUGGGACAGCAACCAAGGCCAAAAUUACAAGGUGAUUCGAUCUGUACUAAAAACCUCCCCCAAGAAUGAAGUGAACGGUUCUCAUGUUCAUGGGUUUUCUGACCUAGGUAUUCAUUUUGACCCAUAUGGCAGUCCUAGAUGCUCGUAUGGUAUAUUUCCCGAAUGGCCCAGCUAUGAAGGCUUUGAAAAAAUAGGGCCUUAUUACUAACUUGUUUUGUUAAGGGACAUAUCUGUGUUGAAGAGCCAUAUGAUCUACUUGUUUCUCUUUAUCUGACAUGUGAAACAUUGAAGGUUAAGCACCUAAUACACUGUUGGGUAUAAACAGAGAACUGACCACAAGGAACUUGCCUAGAUGGAGGUGUGUAGUUCGAAAUGUAUUUGGUUAUGGGUCUUAUCACCAAUAAUAUUUAAGCUGUUACUAGUGAUAUCGGACUUUGACCUCUGUAAAUUAAAGUUUGACACAACCUUUAUAACAGUUUCAGGUGGGGCCUUUUUGCCAGGCUGGUGGAAAUAUUAACACUGUGCAAUUCUACUAAAUACCAUUGUGGUAGUCUUGGUAACCUGCUUCCUGAAAUCUGUGAAGGGAACAUUGAAGCCAACAUUUUGUUUUGUCACAAGAUAGGACACAUUUUGGCUUGCUUACUCAAGAUUAAAAAGUAAGGUUGGCUGUACCCUUUUGCUGCUAUAAUUGCAGUAAGCAUGCUUGCCAUGUAACCACCAGGAGUGAGGAUUGCACUAUAUUGUAAAUAGAAGGUAGAUUCCCUGCUGAGUGCAGUACAUGUUUAGGGCUUCCCACAGCCACUUUUUAGUAGUACAUGGUAUGCAGUGUACAACCAUCACCUGUAACCUCCUGCCAUUGCACACUAUUGUCUGUCGCGUAAAGAAAUCAAAUCCUUAGCUUGUCUAUAACAAUCUAAACCACUAGAAGAUGGCUCUAAUAGGAUUUUUAUCAUUCUGCCUUUGAUAGCCAUCACUAGUAGGUGCUACGGACGAAGCAACUAAGCUUUAGCUGUGAAGUGUGUGUGUAUAUGUAUGUCUGAUAUGAUCUGUCUGUCUAUCUAUCUAUUUAUCUAUCUCGUACAUACAUAUACACACACUUCACAGCUAAAGCCUAGUUGCUUGGUCUCUUGCAUUGUCAGGAAUCCAAGAUUUUACCUUCCGGUUCAGAGGAAACCACAAGGUAAUUUACUGGGUGUAGUUGAAGUUUUUUAAAUUUGCAUUAUUUCUAGAAGCUUGUAGGAAGUAUUCUUCGCUGUCAGAUCCAUGUUUUUUUUUUUUUUGUUUUUUUUUGGUCUAUUGAGGUGUAUGUGUUUGUAUAGGUUCGAUGUCCCACUCUAUGCAUUUGUCAGUGUCCUUAUAUGUAUAUAGAAGAAAUAUGAAGUUGUAGUUGCAAGUUAUUUCCGGGCAUACAAAGGGAAUAUGUAGGCUAAUCCUUUUGUAGAUUGUGUGCCAAAAAAAACUGACAUCUGUCUGUAUUGUAUUACGGGCCCCUAUUCCUCAAGUGUUGAAAAUUUGAAAAGGGGGAGUUCUCCAUGCUAAAUGAAAAAAGGAUUGUUUGUAAGAUUUAUUAUUAUUAUUAUUAUUAUUAUUAUUCUUUUUUGAGGGCAAGUGAGUAUUUUUCUAGAAAAAAUGGAGAUCCCAUUUUAAAACAAACAUGUCUACUUCAAAAGAAAGUUUGAACACAGAAAAACACAACUUUUAAAUGCUAUUUCCUAACAUAAGAGAAUUAGCAGUAUUGAUUUAUGUAAUUCACUUUUUAUUGGCUAUACCUGUUCAUUUGACAGUUGUCAAUGUGAGUUGCCUCUUUCAUUUUAAAUGAUUAAUAAUUGUCAAAUGAUCACGAGUACAAAAGGUUCGAGAUAAAUGACUUUAGAAUUUUUAAUUCAUUUUUUUUAAUUGAAUACCUCCUGCACUUUAAAGUAGAGAUUAGUGUUCACUAUAGGGCUUGAAAGGUGACUUUCUUUGGUGUUCUAUCUACCACACAUUAUUGCAAAAGGUUUUUUAAACUUGGUUUUAGCUAUUUGUGCACUGCAGGUGGGGGCACACUGAAUAUAUAAUCAAAUUCACCAAAUUGUUUAUAAUUGAAAGGGCACCUUGUUAGUAGAAAAUAAUGUUUUGGAUUGUAAAAAGGGAAAUCGGAUCUAUUUUUGCCAAUGCGUGUAGAAAAAUGAAUUUGUACUUUUUGUUUUUGCUUUUUCUUUGAAAGCGACUUGUAACAAGCUAUUUUCGGCAUGAUAUGUUGCGUCUGCAAAGUACAAAAUUGAUUUAUGUAGCUUUUUUGAGAGAGAAAAUAAUGGUUUGUUUUAUCUUGCAAAGAAAAGUAAUAAAGAUUGUUAAAUAUU